CAAUCUGCUUCAUCUUGAUUCUGCAGCAUUCCGAACUGUGGUAUCCUUGGGGUUCUCUUAACAUUGCUAUGGUGCAGAAGAUUUAAAAUCAGCUGAUGUUCACAAGGAAUAGAGUCACGUGAUGUAUGAAGGGAAACAUAUACACUUCUCUGAGGUUGACAAUAAGCCCUUGUGCUCAUAUAGCCCCAAACUGUGCAAGCAGCGGCGACUCAACGGCUACGCUUUCUGUAUCAGACACGUUCUGGAGGACAAGACUGCUCCCUUCAAGCAAUGUGAAUAUGUGGCGAAGUAUAACAGUCAGCGCUGCACCAACCCCAUCCCCAAAUCAGAAGAUCGUAGGUACUGCAACAGCCACUUGCAGGUACUUGGCUUUAUCCCGAAAAAAGAGAGGAAGAAAAAGAAUGAUCCUGUAGCUGACGUAAAGGUCAGGCACCAGAUGGAUACCAUGGCCUUCAGCCUGACGGUGCCCACGUUGGCCUUGAAGAUGCCCAAUGGACUGGAUGGAAGGUCCCUCUCUCCACCGGGGGCAAGGGUCCCUCUCCACUACCUGGAAACUGAGUUGGAAGACCCAUUUGCUUUCAACGAGGAAGAUGAUGACCUAAAGAAAGGAGCAACUGUAAAAAAGAAGUUGCAGAGCAAAUUGGCCCAGAAUCGGCAACGCCAGAGAGAGACCGAGAUUUUGAAAGUUCGACAAGAGCACUUUAGUCCCCCUCCUGCACCUUCUCAGCAGCAGCCUCCACAGCCACACUCCCACCUGCCACCUUUAUCCACUUCUCUAAAGCCUCCAGCGCCACUGCAGGGUUUAGUCUGCAAGUCACCUCAACCUCAGAACACCAGCCUACCAAUGCAGGGAGUGGCACCCACCACACACACUAUAGCACAAGCAAGGCAGUGCUCUCACAAGAGACCUCUGCCCCUCCUGCCAUCUAGUAGGGCUCCUGUCAUGGACCCACCCAGGACUGACCGGGUCCUUAUGAAAGCCACGGCCUUCUCGCCACACUUCUCGUGUCUAAGUCAACUGCAGAGACUGGUGAAACUGUGCACCCAAAAACAUCAGUUGGAUACUGAUCUGUUUCCCCAUUUAGGAUUGGACUGGUCUGAAGAGAGUGGAGAGGAGCUGGAGGACUCAGAGCAGGCUUCGCCAUACCAAGUUGCAUGGUCUAUCCGAGAAACCCUCAGAUAUGAAAGACAUGCGUCAGAUGAUGAUGACACCGAGAGUAGGAGCUCCAGGGUGACCCAACUUUGCACUUACUUUCAGCAGAAAUAUAAGCACCUCUGCCGCCUGGAGCGGGCAGAAUCUCGACAACAGAGAUGCCGGCAUACUGUUCGGAAAGCCUUGCUGCAGGCAGCCAGUAGAGAGCCAGAAUGUGCUGGGCAGUUACUACAAGAGCUGCAGAGAGCUGCGUGUGGUCGAACCAGCAUAAGCCGGACCAAUUUGAGAGAGGUGGAGCCAGCAGUGUGUAGUGGAACCGGGAAGGGUGAAUCCUGCACUAACAGAGCCCUUCCAUUCACCAGGCAUUGUUUCCAGCAUAUCCUCUUGAACCGCUCUCAGCAGCUCUUCUCAAGUUGCACGGCCAAGUUUGCAGAUGGACAGCAGUGCUCUGUGCCAGUUUUUGACAUUACACACCAGACACCUCUGUGUGAAGAACAUGCCAAAAAAAUGGAUAAUUUCUUGAGAGGAGAUAGCUCUCGUAAAGUUCAGCACCAGCAGCAGAGGAAACCCAGGAAAAAAACCAAGCCUCCUGCACUUACCAAAAAACACAAGAAGAAGAGAAGGCGUGGACCUCGUCGACCCCAAAAACCCAUUCCCCCUGCAGUGCCCCAAGGGAACCUCAGCAUGCCCACCAGCGUCUCACUGCCAGUGGAGCCCUCCCAGAUCCGGAGCCCAUCCACGCCCGAGCUGAGUGCUGAUGAGUUGCCGGAUGACAUUGCCAAUGAGAUCACUGACAUUCCACAUGACUUGGAAUUGAACCAGGAGGACUUCUCAGACGUCCUGCCACGGCUGCCUGACGACUUACAAGAUUUUGAUUUUUUUGAAGGAAAGAAUGGAGACCUCCUCCCAACUACGGAAGAGGCUGAGGAGCUGGAGCGGGCCUUGCAGGCUGUAACUUCUCUCGAGUGCCUGAGUACCAUUGGGGUACUGAGCCAGUCCGAUGGUGUACCAGUCCAGGAGUUGUCAGACAGAGGAAUAGAAGUGUUCUCCACAGGUACUGGAGCGUCAGGAAUUCAGUCCUUGAGCCGAGAAGUAAACACAGACCUAGGGGAGCUACUGAAUGGGCGUAUAGUACAUGAUAAUUUUUCUAGUCUCGAGCUGGACGAGAACUUGCUCCGUUCUGCUACCUUGUCUAACCCCCCUACACCCCUGGCAGGGCAGAUCCAGGGGCAGUUCUCUGCCGCAGCCAACGUUGGCCUUACUUCUGCCACUCUGAUCAGCCAGAGUGCACUUGGGGAGAGAGCCUUCCCAGGACAGUUUCAUGGACUUCAUGAUGGCAGCCAUGCCUCUCAGAGGCCACAUCCUGCCCAGCUGCUGAGCAAGGCAGAUGACUUAAUCACCUCACGACAGCAAUACAGCAGUGAUCAUGCACACUCCUCGCCCCCUGGAAGCCAUUAUGAUAGUGAGCACGUGCCGUCUCCCUACAGUGACCAUAUCACCUCUCCCCACACGACAUCCUACUCUGGUGAUAAUAUGGCAGCUACCUUCUCAGCAGAGAUGCCCAUCAUGGCGCAGCACUUGCUUCCAACCCAACUUGAGGUGCCACUUGGAGGAGUGGUAAACCCCAGAACUCACUGGGGUAAUCUCCCUGUCAACCUUGGAGAUCCCUCACCAUUUAGCAACCUUCUCGGCGCAGAUGGACAUCUUCUUUCCACUUCCCUAUCCACACCACCCACCACCUCGAACUCAGAGACCACACAGCCUGCCUUCGCCACCGUGACCCCCAGCAGCUCCAGUGGGCUUCCGGGGCUACCACAGACCAGCUUCAGUGGCAUGGGGCCUUCUGCUGAACUAAUGGCCUCCACCUCCCCGAAGCAGCAACUCCCUCAGUUCAGCGCAGCCUUUGGCCACCAGCUGAGUUCUCACAGUGGCAUUCCUAAGGACCUGCAGCCCAGCCACAGCUCCAUAGCCCCUCCUACAGGCUUCACAGUAACAGGUGCCGCAGCUACAAGUACCAAUAAUGCAUCUUCUCCCUUUCCCUCCCCUAAGUGAGCGUGUCUGGGUGUUGGCAGGCAGGUGGGGGAACCGUGUGUUUUCUAUCUUUGUUUCCUCUUUAACACCCCUCGCCCCGUUUCCUAAAGAAGAUUUUUAAAUCACAGAUGGGGCCUAGAGAGAACCCGCUAUCCCAGUUCAGCAAGUUGCCCUGCAGUGGACCUUGCGUCAGUGGUCACAUGUGCUCCUUUGCUCUGGUGCUCAUUCCCUCCUGGCAGGUUCACUCGACCCCCAGGGUGUCCUUAG